CGCGCGCCUGCGCAUCCAGCUCCAGCGACCCCAGGUUUUCUAUGGGAUUCCCAAUCUGCAGCAGAGACUUACCCAAGCGUGUUGCCGCCGCGGCUGGGCUUGGAAGGCGCAACCCAAGAGGAAUUCAAGCAGCCUAGAGCUCCAGAGGGGGAAAAAAAAAAGAAAAAAAAAGCGCGAGAGGACCACGCACAGAGACGGCUUAACCGUUUGUCCGAAUUUUUAUAUAUAUAUAUAUAAAGAACUGUUGAGUUUUAUCAUUUUCGUUAAGUGACCGUGCGCAGCGCUAUAACUGCACAAUGGGGAAACAGAAUAGCAAACUGGCCCCCGAAGUGAUGGAGGACCUGGUGAAGAGCACAGAGUUUAACGAGCAUGAGCUCAAGCAGUGGUACAAAGGAUUCCUCAAGGACUGCCCAAGCGGGAGGCUGAAUCUCGAGGAAUUCCAGCAGCUCUACGUGAAGUUCUUCCCGUACGGAGACGCCUCCAAGUUUGCCCAGCACGCCUUCCGCACCUUUGACAAGAACGGGGACGGCACCAUCGACUUCCGGGAGUUCAUCUGCGCCCUGUCCAUCACCUCCAGGGGCAGCUUCGAGCAGAAGCUGAACUGGGCCUUCAACAUGUACGACCUGGACGGCGACGGCAAGAUCACCCGCGUGGAGAUGCUGGAGAUCAUCGAGGCUAUCUACAAAAUGGUGGGUACUGUGAUCAUGAUGAAAAUGAAUGAGGAUGGCCUCACGCCUGAGCAGCGAGUAGACAAGAUUUUCAGCAAGAUGGAUAAGAACAAAGACGACCAGAUUACACUGGAUGAAUUCAAAGAAGCUGCCAAGAGCGACCCUUCCAUUGUAUUACUUCUGCAGUGCGACAUUCAGAAAUGAGCUAAGGUCAACACGAUGGACUGCACAGAAAUCUCAAUGUUCCAUUCAGUCUGCAGCUAUCUCUCUCUCUCUCUCUCUUUCUCUCUCUCUCUCUCUCUCUUUCUCACACACACACAUAUUGCUUGGACUUCCUAUAAAUGGACUUGCUUCUUGUGUUUGAAACACUUGUGUGCAUGAGAAUGUCAUUUGCUAAUGAAUUUUAAAAAGCAUAUAUUAUAAAACAAACCAACAACCUGCCACAACGUGAUAUGUGUAAUAUCAUUUCAUAAAGAAACCCUCCUUCUCCAAAGCCUGUCCAGAAAUGUGCUACAAAGAGUUAUAUGGUUUCUUGUUCAUGUUUUGCUAAUGCUCUUGUCUCCUUGAUUACAUGAUGUUAGUAGCACUGAGACCCCCCCCACCCCCACCCCCACGGUAAUGUAACUUAAUUAUAAGCUGUGUCACCAUUCUCCUGUAAAGUAGUCCUGGACACACACACGCACAGGGGUCCUUGGCUCCUCUGUGUGGCCCCCACACAAGAGCUUGUAUUACCGGUGAAUAUAAAUGUACUACACUUGCAUGCCUUUUAGGUUUGCCUUACUUCUUACCUCAUUUGCAUCCUAUCAAUCUGGAACGAGGUGUUUUGGAAUUAAUGCAGUAUAAAACUUAAAAUUCCUGCUAAAUGACUCAUUAAGUUUAUCUAUCUAUAUAGACAUAUACACAAAGAUAUUAUUUAUUGAAAGUAAAAAAAAAAAGAUGGAAAUGUAUUGAUUUCUGCUUGAAUUUUCAAAGGCUUACAAAGAGGUGGCAAUAUGAUAUCCCAAAUAAAUUUAUAACAUUUGA